AUGAAUUUUGAAAACGAUAGUUUGAUUGGAUUAACAUCAUUUGUUGAUAGUGAAUAUUCACGUUUAAUAAAAUUGUUAAUAUUUGUUCCAAUUGAUGUUAUUUCAAUUCCAUUAAGUAUUUUAAUUAUUCAUUAUUUAUAUCGAAAGAAUUAUGAACAUCGAAUUUUGUCCGAUGAUAUUUUAAUUGUUUUAAUAUCAAUUAGUUUAAUUGAUAUAAUAUUUCAACAAUUAGGAGUUCUUAUUUAUUUUAAAUCAUCUUAUGUUUGGCCUUCAUCAUCAAUUUAUUGUUUAAUAUGGAAUUAUUUUAGUUAUUUAGAUUAUUAUCUUAAUUUAUAUUUGACAGUUUGGGCAUCAAUUCAAAGACAUAUAAUGAUAUUUUAUUAUAAUCUUUUCAAUACUGCUGUCAGACGUUUCUUUUUUCAUAAAUUUUCAUUAAUAUUAAUAAUUUUGUAUGGUAUUGUUGUUUAUAUAUGUUUAAUAAUUUUAAAUUCUUGUGAAAAUAGUUUUAUUUUGUCAAAACCAUGGUGUGGAAGAGUAUGUUUUAUCUUUAAUCGAAUUGAAUAUCUUUAUGAUUGGUUAAUUAAUUGUGUUUUACCAAUUUGUUUGAUAAUUGUUUUAAAUAUAAUAUUAUUAAUUCAAGUUAUUCGACAAAAAAAUCGUAUAAAACAAAAUCGAUUUAUUUGGCGAAAAUGUCGAAAAUUAACAAUUCAAAUGAUAUCAAUAUCAAGUAUUUAUAUUAUUUGUUUUAUUCUAUCUGGUAUAAUAACUAUAUUAAGAAUUUUAUUAUCUGAUCCUUAUUUUGGUUUUAAUGUAAUACAAGUUUGUUUUCAAUACACUUUUUUAUUUGCAAAUGCUCUUUUACCAUUUGUUACUCUUAGUUUAUUAAUCUUCUUCUCUUUUAUUUGUAGUAAUGUGAAUAAAAAUAAAACAAUUAAAUGA